AUGUCCAAGAAGCACCAUCAGAUGCCCGAACAGGAAGUGUCAGCACACGAGGAGGUAAAUGUGGAAUGUUUGGCUGAACACAAUCGUCUUCGGGCCAUGCAUGGAUCGCCAGCUUUGAUUCUGGACCCAAAGCUGAUGCAGAUGGCCCAAGCAUACGCAGAAGAGUUGACAACCUCACAGCAGAAAGAGCAGUCUAACGACUACGGUGAGAAUAUUGCGGUACGCACAAGCACUGGCCUCGCAAAACUCAAUGGGAAACAAGCAACUUUAAUGUGGUACAGUGAGAUUGAGAAUUAUGAUUUUGCAAAAGAAAACCAACUGAAUUGCGGUGAGUCAUUUUCACUGAAUUUUUGGAUCCUUAAACGCUGCCUUUCUCCAACUGUCCCAAGAGUUUGUGGAAUCGAAACUCAUACAAAUGGUUGCCAUCUAGACGGGAACUUCAUUUCUAAACAUUAUCCAAUUGUUACGGCACCAAUGAUUUACCUGACUUAA